UCAUUCAAGCCAUUUGGUUCAGUCAAAGUGGAGUGGCCAGGCAAGGCUGAUGGCCGUCACCUACAUCACCCCCCUAAAGGUAAGGUUUACUGUUAUGAUUAAUCACAACGCUGUGUGUUAAUGUACUGACUUUACCAACUACUGGCCUCAGUAGGGUUGCCCAUUAAGCAAUUGAACAUAAAGUGGCAUCAAGCAAGUGAGCAUAAUAGGUAUUCACCCAGAAGCAAAUCAACUGUCUCAGACAACUGGAUUGGACUAUUUAAAACCUGAUUAAGACUGCCUGUAGCGUAGAGGCCAGGGGCCCGUUUCUUGAAAGUCCCGAUAAUUAACGGGCCCGGUAAGCUGUCUUGGUUUCCAUUAAAGAUCGAGGUUUCAAUAGUUUUGGAUCUAACAUGAUAAAACUAUCAGUUAACGAAACAAAAUGCAGUAGUUUGCUAGGCGGGACCCACGCUCUUUAAUAUUCUUUUUAUUUCGAUUUGAAUAUUUGAUUUCAGGCCCGUAAAGUUAACAGGACUUUCGAGAAACGGGCCUCAGGGCAUUAAUGAAUGUUGAAAUGCAGAUGUAGUCCUAACAAUGCAUGACGGGAAAGAUGUAAAUAAUAUUUUUCAUGUCACCAUCCUGAGAUAAAGAUAAUUUGAACAUGGAUUCCAUUUAGCUGCAGAGGAACUUGAGGCCACUGAGCUCUACCCUACAGCUAUUAAGUGUUAAAUAAUGCUUGAUCUGUGGAAGUGUGUUUGGCUGAGUGGUUAACACUUUGACCUCCAGAUAUGGAGGUCGAGGGUUCAAGCCUCGCCUGUAACAUUGUUUUCUUAGACAAGGAACUUACUGCACUUUGUCUCUCUUCACUCAUGUAUAUAAAUGGGUACUGGGGACAUACUGCUGGCGGCUAACCUUUUGCGAUGGACUAACAUCUAUCCAGGGGGGAAUAGCAAUACUCCUAGGCAUACUUCAUGCAAAGGAAACCAGGAUAAGCUCUGGUUGUUUGGUCAUUUGGCUCCUGUGCGCCUUUGUAAAGUGAAGCUUUCACAUGUAUGUAUUACAAUAAUAAUUUUGAAAAGUAAUGUUGUUUAAUUGUCUCUGAUUUUUUUUUCAGGAUAUGUGUACUUGAUCUUUGAUUCUGAGAAGUCAGUUAAAGCCUUAUUAGCAUCCUGCACUCAUGACUUCUGUAAUGGUGGAGACUGGUACUUCAAGAUUUCAAGUAGAAGGAUGAGAUGCAAGGAGGUAAAUAAAUAUUUUAGGAACUAAAAUUGUUUCCAAAUACAAAAACCCAAUUCCUAAUUGUUUGUUACAACAACAAAUUCUGCUUAUGUUUUAGCUGAAAAUAAGCUCAUGGGUGGAUAUUUUUUUUAGAGGUUAUCUAGCUAAAGCUGUUCAUCAAAAUGACCUCUGUGAAACAUAAGAUUAUGCUACUCGCAAAAUGACAUUUUUUACUUUUUUCACACGUGUGACCAUACGUUAAUUUUCCGGAAUAUUGUAGUAUUGUAAUAUUAUUAUGCUGAUAAAAUAUUUCCACCUGAAGGAGACAAUAACUUGUGAAGGUGGAUUUCUUUGCUGUCUUCUAAAUGAAAACUGGUUUUUGGUUUUCUGUAGGUUCAAGUGAUUCCUUGGGUUUUGUCUGACACCAACUAUGUCCGUGGCCCGCAUCAGAGAUUGGACACCAGUUGGACUGUGUUUGUUGGUGGACUCCAUGGCAUGCUUAAUGCAGGUGGGACAAUAAUUAUUUAACAAUAUUAUAUAGAUUUAGCCAAGGCCAAAAGCAAAGCUCUUGAGGAAUGCUUUAAGAAAUGGCCUUCUCUAGUAACUCAACUUUUGCCAUAAGCAAAAAGCAAACUGAAUUCCACCUUUAAAAAAUGGACCUGAGCCCGCGAUCAAUUAAAAACCAAAACUGGUCAGCGGAUCACUUUUAAAAAAUGUGUCACCUCCAUGAGUUGUAGACCUGAGCCUGCAAUACAGCCAUUUACACUGGUCAGCAGAUACCUUUUUUGACAGCUGUCAAUUGACCUUAACAUGGAUGUCCCAUACCAAGUUAAACACAGAAAGUAUAUACCUUAGACUCCUAGCUAGUAUUAAAGUGUGACAUUUGACAUCGGUUUUCAUGUUGUGUACGAACGGUCAGUCGCCAGGUGUAAGCUGAUGUCACAAACCAAAACUUUUUGGAUGGAUAGAUUACCAAAUUUUUUAGCAAUGGACACUUUGAGCUCUGCUAUAAGUAAUUUAUAAAUACUUUGUUGCCCGUGUUUAGACAUGUCACCCCCUUCUAACUUACAUGGACUCUAAAAAGAUCAGAUGACGGCAAUGGCAACAAGAACGUCAAAUAAGCUAAACAACAACUCUGCACUAUAAAGCUUUUUCGUACAUUUCUCCCGUUAUCUUAGCUGGCAAAUAGACUAAUGGUAAUCUUUCAUCCUGCAUGGCGUUUCUUUGCAUACCCUUUCCUUGUAUUUUCCACACAUUUUAGUGGCCUUGUGAGAGGUACUGUACAGCAUGGAAGGGCUCAAACCCUCUUGACCUUACUAACUACUGUUUUCAUUUCUAUUCUGCAGAGGGCCUGGCAUAUAUCAUGAAUGAACUGUUUGGUGGGGUAGUCUAUGCUGGUAUUGACACAGAUAAACAUCGCUAUCCCAUUGGUAAGAUUUCUGUUCUUGUACAUUUUACUCACUAUCUGUCUUCUCGCUGGCUACAAGCCUACAGUUAAUUUUGGACCUCAGCACAACCUACGUUCAAUGCGUGGUUUUCUAGAGCAGUGUCAAACUGUAUUCCACUCGAUGGUGUGUUUGCGUGUCGUUAUUUUCUUCAAAAUAAUAAUUUAUAACAUUAAAACAGUUAUUAGAUUCAGUUUGUGUGAUAUCCAGAAUAUUAUCAACUUUGCAAGGUGUUUUUAACUGUUAUCAUCCUUGACCUAUCCUUCUUGCUAUCAAAAAAACCUCAUCCAAUAAUAUUUUUUAUUAAAUGCCUCAUUUAUUAUAGGGUACUGGGGAAGCCUUAUUUUCAAAUUGAACAGUCUCAUUUUUUCCUCAUCAGGCUCUGGUCGCAUUACAUUUAAUAAUCAGAAGAGUUUCCUGGAAGCUGUAAGAUCGGGUUUCAUAGAGAUUGAGACCCCAAAAUUUGUGAAGAAGGCAAGUGCUGCUAUCUGAUGUUAAAUGUAUGCUUUCGACAAAUUAGGCAACACCAAUGUACAAAUUUUUCUGUUCUCCUUAGGGUCAGCUCAGAGUGCAAAGAAAGUUGUGUCUGAUAGCCCAAGGGCUAGUAGAUUUUGCUAUCGGGCCAGUGAAUUCUGUUAUUAACUUGCCCAACGGGCAAGUAAAGUUUUUUGAGGAAUUCAAAUUUAAUUGCGUUCGAGGUACGAGAACGCAACCCCUAAUUUGUGUUGGGUGUUCUGUGCAUUAUUGGGUGACCUGUGCAAUAAAUAAGGGAGGUCUUUUUGAGAUUGCAUUUUCGUUCGUCGUCGUCGACACACAUUUGCCUCGCUUUGAGGCCCUUGCUUAAGUUUUUCCUCACUUUGACGCACUAACUCGUGUGGUGAUUCUUGUGUCCUUGGCGUUCAUCUUUCAAAGGUUUGCUAAGGUCUGAUAUUCUUCGUAAAGCGUUCAUCUUUUAAAAAGUUUGCUGAACCUUCGUAAAGUGACAUUGAUCUGUGAUUGCUGAAUUGUCCAAAGCGUUCAUCUUUCAGGAGUUUGCUGUUAAAUUUUACUUUGGAUUAAGCCUUCAGCCUUCAUUUUUCAGCAUGGUUCGUCACUGUCUUUGGAAAAUGUCUGCGACUACUGGUGCAUGCAUCAAACUGGGUUUAGUUCGGCCUCCGUUAUGCCACAAAGUAAAUUUACCGAGUUGUGUAGCUCGGCAGCCAUUUUGUCACCAAGUAAAUUUACAAGUUGUGUAGCUCGGCAGCCAUUGUGCCACAAAGUAAAUCUACCGAGAUGUGAAGCUCGGUGGCACCAUUUGACCAUGACUUGUGAUAUUUUCGGCACCAGACAAACGAACACUUUAACUCUAUGUUAUUUAUUAGGAAAAACUUAUAAAUCAGCCCACAGUAGCGCCACUCUUGAGUCACUGAAAUCAACACGCUCGACCAAAUUACUGGAAAUUACUGGACCAAAUUACUGGAAAAGCCGCACACACGUUCCAUUGAAGGCUUUGAUAGGGUUAGUGCGAAGUUUGAAUUCAAAUGUGAAAGCUUUUAAACCAGUAAAUUCAAUGUAAUUCAUUUUGUCAACAAGUUGAUGAUUGGAUGCUGUUAAAAAUGACAGAGAAAAUUAUCCGAAGAAAUGUUUUUGAAGAAAGAAAAAGAAUCCCGGGUUAAGAACUAACCGGCCUUUGAGAAACUGCGUCCUGUAACUCGCACCAGUAAAACAAAAUGUUCCAUUUACACGUCCGACGCUGGCCAAUGUAUCUUCCGAUUAAAAGCACUUGACACCGAACCAUACGAUAUCUUUUGAAAACGUUCUUAUAAUGAUACACAGUUUAAAUAGAGGUUUCGCUGUACACAACCCUUACGUUCAAAAUAUGCCAUAAUCAUAUUUAUCUACAUCGCAACCACCCGUCCGCCUCAACAAACAUAUCAAACGCACUCUCCUAAGCUCUGAUUACUCCUAGUACAGAAGUACUGUGAAAUCAGUCUGCUCAUCAAAACGUUUUUGGGGCUAGUUGAAAUGAUGUUUGGGCUAGUAAAUGUUAGCUUCAGCUUGCCCAAAUGGCAAGCUGUAAAAAUGAUGUUCUUUGCACCCUGCAGCUGUAGAUCAUUUUUAGCUCCUUACAAAACAAAAUAAAUUAUUACAGUCAACAAUUCUUUCUCAAUGUGUUCUUUAGUCCUUAGUAGUCUAACAGCUUGGCAAAAUCCACAGAACCAACAGGUCCUUGAUAAAAGCCCUAUUGAGGUUGCUGGAGUAAAGCAGUCCAUAUUAUUAUACUUAUUUCCCUGUGAUUAAACUUGCAGGUCCAAGUUGACCCAUAUUUAGAGGACUCUAUGUGUGACAUUUGUCGUACUACCACGGGCCCCUUCUUCUGUCGAGAGGAAUCCUGUUUCAAGUACUACUGUCAUUCAUGUUGGUUAUGGCAUCACUCUAUUGAAGGAUAUCGUCAGCACAGGUAA